UCAACUUUUAUUUGUUCAAAAACAAAAACAAAAGCAGAGAAGAAAAAACGAAGGAAAACGAGAAGGUGGCGGGAACUAGAAGUUUAUAGAGAGUCCAAAUCCCCAUCUGAAGCAGUUAGAAGUGAGCCAUCUGAUCUUAGGGUUUCGGAAGCAAAAUGUACGGCAGCCAAUUCGACGGCAGUGCCGCCUUCUCCGGCGGCGGAUUCAUGCCUUCUCAGGCCACCCAGACCCCCGACCCUGCUUUCUCUCCCUCCAAGAAUCGCGAUAUCCAGGCCUUGCUUCCACUGACAGUGAAGCAGAUAAGCGAUGCAUAUGUAUCAGGAAAUGAAAAAUCAGAAUUUGUUAUUGAUGGUGUCGACGUGAGCAAUGUUAAACUAGUGGGUAUGGUUCGUGACAAAGCUGGACGGAUUACUGAUUUUACUUUUGUACUUGAUGAUAGAACUGGACGGAUUGAUUGUAACAAGUGGUCUCACGAACCUAUAGACACGAAUGAAAUGGAGGGUAUCUUGGAUGGAAUGUAUGUUUGUGUUCAUGGACGCUUGAAAAGCUUUCAGAAUAAAAUGUCCUUAAAUGUCUUCUCUAUUAGGCCUGUGGAUGACUACAAUGAGAUUGCAAGCCACUUUAUUGAGUGCAUAUAUGUCCACUUUUACAAUAGCAGGCUACGGAAACCACAAGGUGCUGUCAGUACUCAGCCUCCGGCGACGAGUGCACCUAACCUGACAUCUGGCCAGUAUAGCUCUGAUGGACAGAAGAGCACUGAAGAAAUGAUCUUAGAUUUCUUGCACCUUCCUUCUUGCCUUGCCAGGGAAGAGGGGGCACACCGUGAUGUUAUUUCCCAGCAACUGAAAAUUCCAGUGGAUAAGCUCAUGCUAGCUAUUGGAAAUCUUGUAAGAGAGGGUGUGGUUUACUCAACAGUUGACGAUUUUCACUACAAGUCGGCAAUAAAUGGUUGAGUAUUGGUGAUCAGGAAAAAGUCAAAGCCUCAACUAGGUAGUUCUCUCUCUACGUAUUUUUCUCAAUCUCUAGCGUUUGAACUUUAAAGCUCUGUAUAUAUACUAUCAACUAUACAAUGGAGAUAGAGUGAACUUCAUGUUCAAGUAAUCUUCAGCACUUUAUAUCGGGAUGGAUUUCUUCUUAUC